AUGGCACCUGAGAUCAACACACAACUCACCGGAGAAAAGAGGGCUUACGUGACUUUCCUCGCCGGAAACGGAGACUACGUGAAAGGAGUGGUGGGUCUUGCUAAGGGGCUGAGGAAAGCUAAGAGCAAGUAUCCACUCGUGGUCGCCGUAUUACCAGACGUUCCGGAGGAUCACCGGAAACAGCUGGUGGAGCAAGGCUGUGUCGUUAAAGAGAUCCAGCCGGUUUAUCCACCGGAGAAUCAAACCGAUUUCGCUAUGGCUUACUACGUUAUCAACUACUCUAAGCUUCGUAUCUGGAAGUUUGUGGAAUACAGCAAGAUGAUUUACUUGGACGGAGACAUACAAGUAUUCGACAACAUCGAUCACUUGUUUGAUCUCCCAGACGGUCAAUUCUACGCAGUCAUGGACUGUUUCUGCGAGAAGACAUGGAGCCACUCGCCACAGUACAAGAUCGGUUAUUGCCAACAGUGUCCGGACAAGGUCACGUGGCUAGAGGCAGAGCUUGGUCCUAAGCCACCUUUGUACUUCAACGCCGGUAUGUUCGUCUACGAGCCCAACCUCUCCACGUAUCAUAACCUCUUGGAGACUCUCAAAGUUGUACCUCCCACUUCUUUUGCUGAACAGGAUUUCUUGAACAUGUACUUCAAGGACAUAUACAAGCCAAUACCACUAGCUUACAACUUGGUCUUGGCAAUGCUUUGGAGGCAUCCAGAGAAUGUAGAGCUUGACCAAGUCAAAGUUGUUCAUUACUGUGCUGCUGGGUCUAAGCCGUGGAGAUUCACUGGAGAAGAAGAGAAUAUGGAGAGAGAAGACAUCAAGAUGCUGGUCAAGAAAUGGUGGGACAUUUACAACGACGAGUCUCUUGAUUACAAGAACCUUAUUGGCGAACAAGGAGGAAACAGUCACAAGAAGCAACAGACAUUUCAACAGUUUCUCGAAGCUUUGUCUGAGGCCGGUGUGCUUCAGUACGUCAAAGCUCCAUCUGCAGCUUAG